AUGAAGACUCCCUCUGCUUGGAACUCUGAGAUAAUUGCGACAGGUACAAAAAUUACUUCGCUUGCCUGCAAUAACAACAUCAGAUUCAUCGACAGUCUCAAUUUUAUACCCAUCCCAUUAAGUGCUUUCCCAAAAAACUUCAACUUCCCCGGUUCCAAGGGUUACUUUCCCCACUUCUUCAAUACUCUUCCUAAUCAAGAUUAUGUCGGACCGCUGCCCGUACCCCAUUUCUACGGAUGUGACGAGAUGUCAGUGAAGAAUUGGGAAGAUUGUCUUGAGUGGUACAACGCCGAAGUGACUCGUGGAGCCGUUUUCGAUUUCCAAUCGGAAAUUGUGCAGUAUUGCGUCCAAGAUGUCAAUAUCUUACGACAGGCAUACGUGGAAUUUUGGCACAAGUUCGUAACCGAAAACAAAGUCGACCCAUUCAGAGAGUGCUGUACCAUUGCCGCCGCAUGCAGCCUCGUGUUCCGAAGGAACUUUCUCCAGAAAGAGACCAUAGGGCGCAUCCCUCACGGCGGUUACAGAGCAGCCGAUAACCAGAGUAGAGUGCCAUUAAAUGGUUACUGCUGUGGCAAAGCUGUAAAAUCCUCGAUCUUCAACAUGCUGGCAACAACCGGGAAGUUCGCCUAA